UUGAAAAAAAAACAACAACAUUGAAAGUCUGUAGCAUUUCAACAUUGGCGCAUUUCCUUAUAAUAUUAUUUUUUUUAAAUGGCAAGCGAUUUGAAGAAACAAAAGAUUGUUCGUCGGGUGGGAAUCGUUGGGUAUGGUCACCUAGGUCAGUACUUGGUAAAUGCUGUUCAAGAGAGUGAUCAAUUGGAGUUGGCAUUUGUGUGGAAUAGGACAGCAGAGAAUAUGAUGGGCAAAGUAGACGAUUCUUUGAUUUUACAAGACUUGUCCAAAUUUGAGGAAAGAAAGUCAGACCUUAUUGUUGAAGUUGCUCAUCCUACCAUAACAACCCAAUAUGGAGAGGCUUUUUUGAGAGUAGCUGACUAUAUGAUUGGCUCACCAACAGCAUUAGCCAAUCAAGAAGUAGAAAAUAAGCUGAGAGCUGCAGCCAUUCACAAUGGCCUUUACAUUCCAAAUGGUGCAUUCUGGGGUGGAAAUGACAUCAAGAAGAUGGCAGACAGAGGAACAUUACACGCAUUAAAAGUAACAAUGACCAAGCACCCAACAUGUUUCAAAUUGAAUGGUGAAUUAAAAGAAAAGAAUGCAAAAGUGAAAGAAGGGGAGAUAGUUACAUUAUAUGAUGGUCCUGUUCGUGACCUUUGCCCUCUUGCUCCAAAUAAUGUGAAUACAAUGGCUGCUGCCUCCAUUGCUGCUCAUAAUUUGGGUUUUGAUAAAGUUCAAGGGUGCCUGGUGGCAGACUCAAGGAUGACAGAUUGGCAUAUAGUUGAAGUUGAGGUAACAGGACCUGGAGAUGUUGCCACUGGGCAUGUAUUCAAUGUGUCAACAAAGCGAAAAAACCCCUCAAAAUUAGGAGUAGUCACAGGGAACGCAACGUAUGCAUCGUUUGUUAGUAGUAUGCUUGGUGCAAAAGCAAUGGGACCAGGUGUACAUUUAUGCUAAUAUAUCCAGGUGUGCAGAAACACAUGAGAAUGUAUGUAGCACUCAGUGAGCAUAAUAUUACCAGGUAAAGAAGGCAAAGACAUGUGAAUACAUUAUGAACAAUUUUACUAUCUCAAAGGUCUUGACAAACACAUGUAUUCAAAUCCAAAUAAAACAAAGUUACUUAAAUGACAAUCUAAACACAUGGUGGUCUGUUUGGAUAGAUGGUAUGGAUGGAGCAAGUAUUCUGAUGUCAGGAAUUUGGCUACAUUGUCGGAAUCUGCAAUUUUGUAUGUCAAAAGAGGUGAAUAUUUUCAAACCUAUCCCCAAAAUCCAAGCACUUGUAAUACUGUAUUAUCACACUGUGUCCAACUUCCUCUACUCCAUUGGGAGUAUUCCAAUUCGAGAAUGCCCAUUUAUGCUCCUGGGUGGACAGAAAGGACCCAUACCUUAAGAUAAAGAACCAGAACCACAGAAUAUUAACAAAAUGUAUCAAUUUAUAUAUUUAUCCUACAAAUAUGGAUGGUAAUUGCUAACAUGAAUACUUUAAAAAUCACUGACAGUCAAUAAUUAAUAAUUAACACCAAUAACACCAUUUUUACGUUAAAACAUAUUAUGAAUUAUGAAAUUGCAUAUGUUAGAAAUGGUAGUAUUAUCAUUUUGAAAACAAUUCCCUUCGACUUAACCUACUUUAUACGAUUUGAUUGGAAUGUUUAAUGCUUGAUAGUUAGUAACUAUUUAAUUUCUCUGUAACUUGGUUGCAACGUAACUGCAGUGAAACAUGUUUCUUGCAUCUCACAAAGUAAUUGAUAAAUAUUAAGGAUAUGCAUAUAAAUACAACUUUAUAAAUCUAAUUGUAUGAAAUUAGUAUUCAUAUUUAGUGACAAUCAUGUAUUAUUAUUAUUAUUAUUCAUGUAUUAACAUUCAUGAAGUUAAGACAUCAUCACUUUUAUUAUUACAGUAUUAUCAAAGAGUAUAAAACUGCAAGAGUUCCGACUUUCAGGGUUUCGUUGAAACAAUCCUAUUUCAAAAACUACUACCACGAACUAAAGGGCAUCCUUUUAAAGUCGAGUUUCAAACUCUAUUUAAAUUUUAAUAGGGCGCCCCCUAACUUGUGGUAAUACUUUUUUUUAAAUGUUCCUUUGUGUGCAUACAAAAUCAGGGCAGUCGGACCUCCUGCAAUUCUGUACUCUUUGGUAUUAUGCAGCUUGUAUUUCAAUACAAAUUUAAUUACAUAUUUCAUUUAUUUUCAAGAUAAACUGGUAUUUCACAAUAUUGAUAUUUCACUCUCAAUCUUAUUGAAUGUUAUGUUUUCAUAUUGAAUUACUGUAUGGAUGGCUUUCAAUUCUGACUGGUUGAAUACUGCUCUCUUGCCAAUUUCAUGUUUCAUGUAACAUUAAAGAGUUCACUGUGAACAAAUUCUUGACAAACCGUUAACAUUAAAUAUUGAAAGGGUGCU